CACAACUCCUAAAAGGCCUCGGAGAGCAAAGCGAAAGGGCAAUCCUCAACAUUCGCGCGGUUGAGCUCUCGGAAGAACCACAACUCCCGCCAUGCACUGCGUCCGCUUCCUCUCCGAGUAUGACGCAGGCAGGCGUCCGGGGGCGGUACUGACGGUGGUGUGACGCAAGCGGGGUGAAGGUUCACAGAGGCCGGAGCCGGUGUCUGGCGGGUUGCUGGCAGCGCUGAGACGGGCGGGAGUCGGACAUUUCCCUCCAGGCGCCCCCUUCAUGGCGGCCCGCCGGCUCCGGGAAAUCUUGCAACUGGGAGCGCGAGGAGGGCUGCGGCCGAGAGUGCCCCCGGCUGGCUGUUCCAGGUACAUGCCUUCCUGUGGGAUUCUGAUGAUCCGAGCCCCGCAAGCGAUUGGUAGCCUCGAUUGGGACCUUAGUGCCCAGCACAGCCGAACAUUCAUCAACUUUACAGGGCCUUUUACCAACAAACGGAAGGAAUAUUCGGAAAGGAGGAUCAUUGGCUACUCUAUGCAGGAGAUGUACGAAGUUGUCUCCAAUGUGGAUGAUUAUAAGCACUUUGUUCCCUGGUGCAAGAAGUCGACCGUGGUCUCUAAGCGCACUGGCCAUGUGAAGGCCCAGCUGGAAGUUGGCUUCCCUCCCGUUGUAGAACGUUACACAUCCAUUGUAACACUAGUGCGGCCCCAUCUGGUGAAGGCUGUCUGCACGGAUGGGAAGCUCUUCAAUCAUCUGGAGACUAGCUGGCGUUUCAGCCCUGGCAUUCCAGGAUACCCUCGCACAUGCACAGUGGACUUCGCAAUUUCUUUUGAGUUCCGCUCCCUGCUGCACUCGCAGCUAGCCACGGUGUUCUUCGACGAAGUGGUCAAACAGAUGGUGGCGGCCUUUGAGCGCCGAGCAUCCAAGAACUACGGCCCCGAGACCCGCAUUCCCCAAGAGCUCAUGUUCCACGAGGUCCACCAGACGUGAGAGCUUCCCUGCUGCUUCAGUGGCCACACGGACGCUUUGCGCUGGGCUGUGCCCUCAUGGCUCUCCCAGCCGCCUCCUUUUAUCUAUUUAUUUGGUUUCUCCUGGCCUCCUGUGUAACUUAUCCACUGGACCUGGUGUGAAGAAAGAACCGUGUUCCAAAGGAAGGGGCCAGGCUCCCGUGUCACCUGUGGAGCAACCUCUCAACUUUGUGUUUUGCCUGCCCAUGCUCUUCCACCGAGUCGUUUUUUGGAGGGGGGGCACAUUUUAUUUGAAGCUCUUUCUUUCUCCCCCUCCCUGCUUUUAAAUCCCUAGUCUGUGGACUGCCCCUCAUCCCAUUCUCCACCCACCACACAUGCCAGUAUGGCUGCCUUUGGGUGCGGACUGUGCCAAUCCCCAUGUCUUGGGAGCAAAGGGGCAGCGGCUCCUGUCUGAGGCCAGGCUCCCUUUCUGUGCCUAGUGAUGGGCUUGCUGGCAACUGUUCCUCUUCAAUCGUGGAAAUGCUGACUGGAGCUGCCUCAUGGUGGAGAUGGAGAGGAAGAGGCCGCACCUGUUGCCUGAUCAGCUCAAUAGUGCUUGGGUUUGCAGGAGCAACCUCUUAGCCGUGCCCUGGAAGGUUUGAAGCCAGGCGAGAGCAUGCAGAGGUGGCAGAGGGGAGGCGAGCAGUUCAGUGCAGUGCCGCUGGAGCCUAUUGCUGAGGAUGGGGGCGGGGGGGGGGAGAGAACAUUCUGCAGUGCUGCCUCUAUGUUCAGCCAGCAUCAUGCGUGCACUGCAACAUCAGGCUUGGACUCUUCUUGCCCUCCCCAUAGUACUGUGUGCUUUGUCUGUAGCUAGACUGUCGAGGGGAGAGUGGUACCCAGUCAGCUGCCCUUGGACCUGUCCUUUGGCAGAGGGCAGAGUUGCUUGGAGAGCUGAAGGGAAGAGGUGUGCCAAAUCAAGGCUGAGGAAGGUGUGGCUCUUAGAGCCUGGAUACUUCAGAAAAGAAAGGUUAGAAGAGAAGGCCACCACGAGGGUGGGCGAAGGGAUCCUAGGCAGCCUGCGGGAGUGCCCCUGGAGUGUUCUGCCAAGUCCAGGUUCCCACACUGGCCUGGCUCAGAGCAGAUUCCAAAGCUCCCCACCCCCAAGAUCACCAGGCCCCCCAGCAGUGGGUACAGAACAAACUGAGCUGCUUUCUCCAGUGAAGUACAGUGACCAGGCCACCUGGGAAGUUACUGAGGCCAUUGCAUUGGCUUCCUCAGUUUCCUCAGCCACUGUGGUUGUGUGCUGCUCCACAUUCAGGGACUGGGACCUGGCAGUCAGAGGCUGCUGCUGCUGCUGCUUCUGGGACAAGGGUCCUGCUUCCCCAGAGCUGUGGCUCCUCUUCCACCCGACUUAGCUUUCUUUAGAAAGAGCGUGGCCAGGCCUUGUGUAUCGUCCACUCAAGAUGCAGCUUCUGCAGAGGAGUCCCUAGAGCACCACUCUUUCCAGUUUCCUGGUGGGAAAGAACUCAGCCAGAAUCCACAGACCUCAGUUACAACUCUGUCUCUUGCAAAGGUCUAUGACUGGGCCAUAUUGAAAGCUGGUGGCUGUGGCUGUCGGGCCUGCUGUCCAAGCAACCACUCCCUGUUCACAUGGCUUCAUUGUGGAUCUCUCUAAAUCCAUCCCAUCUCCACCCCAUUUCAGAGGUCUGUUAGUGUUGCCCAUUUUUGCCGUAAGCUCAGUACCCUCUUCUUGGUUAGUGGCAGAAUCGGAGUUUACCUACAUUAGACGCACAUUUUGCACAAAUUGUGGACGCACAUGACUGCUGGGGGUGGGAGAUGGGCCCUGCCUUGGCUGCUAGUUGCCCCUAGAGAGGCUGGGCUGACCCACCAUUCGCAGUGCCCCAGAGCACUGUAUCAAGGGCUGAGCCAUGCAGUAUAGGCUUGGGCAUUUGGGGCACUAUACUGCAAGCUGUGGGGUGUGUGUGUGUGUGUGUGUGUGAGAGAGAGAGAGAGUGUGAGAGAGAGAUCACCAUGUGUAUUUCUUUAGCUUCCCAUUGACCAUGGCUUCCUAAGAGUCUCUUGAGUGUCCUCCAUGUACAGGGCGAAAGGGAGAGAGCGCAUUACAGUCUGUGCUGGGGGAGCCAAAGCACAUGGAUCAAUCCUGGACACCGCUUGCUUGUGCACUGAGCAGUUUAUCCUUCCCCCUUGAUCAAACGUUAGGUCUAAGUGCUGCUGUUCCACAAGCCUUGAAAGAUGAUUGGCUGGGUGCGUGGGUCAGCGGGCCUUACUGAUGAAUCUAAAGCAACCCUCCUCUGAGCUAUCCCCUUCAGGACCCAAGACCCCCCCAGUCCUUCUAGACAUCAGUUGGUUCUCAUUUUUGCUGAAGUGGUAGUCAAUUCGUUGCUCAGAAAAGGCAGUCUCACAAAAGUUCAGCUGGAGUGGUUAAUUGCUAAUACAGUUUCAGAGACCCAGAUCUGAAGCCUGCCAUGGUUGAGCAGUGGGGGGAAAGCAGCCCGUGGACCACAGGUAUGCCCUCUCCCCUCUCAGACAGGGUUGCCUCAUGAAGUGGGGCUGCCUGCUGUGGUAUAUAGAGGUGGUGGCCCGGGCGGUCUCCUUCCUCUCAUUGUAUAUGGCACCCCAUUGCCCUACACCAGGCAGGACCUUCAUGUAGGGCCAGUUGCUUUCUUGCUUAAGAGUCUUGCUAGUUCUUCUCCUUGUGGGGAUAGCUCUUGCUUCUGCAGCCCUGCGGAAACAACUGCUUGCCCGUUAAACUGAACUAGCAACCUGGCUUUCAAGCAGCUCCUUACAGGGCAGCCAGGUGCUUCUUAUUCCCCCCCCAGGUUUUGAAGAUGGGCUCGCUCAAUCCAGAGUUGUGGGGUGAUAUCCAAACUGCAUGGCUCUGUGGAUGGAGAUCUUCUCCCCGCCCCAAUGCUCCUUCCUUCUCUCCCUGUUCCAAAAAUAGCAUUCUUUACCAUUGACUGAAGACAGCAGCCUGGUUCCAAAGAACACCCCUUUGCCCUUUUGAGCCACUGAAAUUAUUUGCUUGCUGUUAUCCUACAUGCAACACAAACAGGCUUGCAUAUGUAGCACCACAUGGUCAUGGUCUCUCUCUUUGUAAUCCUCUUGAGAAGGAAAGAGUUGUUUAAUUCGGGCCAGUAUCCUGCCUCAAGGCACCAGACCUCCCAGAGUGCUUGUCUGAGCAAGUCUGAGUCUCUCUCUCUGUGUGCUCAGGUGAUGUGUAAGUGCUUGUGGGGGAAACCAUUUCAGGAGCUACCAGUUGCUCAGGAGGAAGUCAUUAACUAUAACAGACUUCUGUCCAGCUCUUCCAAGCAUGUCCUAUGCUAUAUUAAUGAAAAACAGCUGUUUUAGAACUGCACCUUCCUGCUCAGCUGCCGGUUAUUCCUCAAGGUGCAUCGUGGAGAGAAGUAGAGUAGAUGAACAUGUUAAGAGUGUGUGUGUGUCUGUGUCCGGGAAGCACCCUUGCCUCAGUCCAGUGUUGCAGUUGGCAUGGCAGCCUAGGCAAUGUGUGAGGAAUAAGCUUUUCGCACAUUAAAAAAAAUGCCAUCUGUUUGUACAGGGUUCAUUUGUAUAGAACUUGGGUUUUGGCUGUGAGAGCCCCAGGUUCAAAUCCUUGCUUCCACCUUGAAUGUCAUAAGGUGGUUUCAGGCCAAGUCACAAUUUUUCAGUUCCACCUACAUUAAAGGAUAGCUAUGAAGAUAAACGAGGGGUAUUUUAUCUUAAAACACUCUGUUCAUGGAAGUGCACUACAGGAAUAAUUCAAGUGGAUACAGCAUUUCUUGCUGUACUGUCAGCAGCUGUAAUCCCUUCUAAGCAUCUUCCUAAAGAUACAGGGACCCAUUUCUCCUACUGCCUGGUAAUCUUAUUUAUAAAGUCACUGAUGUUUGUUCAACUUAUUGAUGAAGACUACAAUCUUAUUAAUACAUACUUGAGUCCCAUCAAACUCAGUGGGACUUGCUUCUGGGUAAACAUGCUUAGGAUGGGCUGGUGGUGCAGAGUUUGCAAUUGUGAGAGAAGACCGAGUAGUUAACUGCAAGUCAGUCCAGCUGCAGCGGGGUUGCUCUUUCCUGGUGGAAGGUGAAAUACAGCCCUACUGUUUCUUUCCAGAAAUGCAGGAGAGAUACAGAAUGUGGUGUUGGGUAUGGAAUUCAGCUUCUUGAAAAUCUCAGCAUUCAUUUUGUUUUAAAAGCAAGUUUCUAGCCCUUAUGGCCGCAAAGCUCUGCUUUAAAGUGUAAGUGAGCAAUACCCAACAAAAUGGUAAAGCCAGAGGGCUACCCAAAUAAAACUUCCAGUGGUUGGGGGGUUUGUUUCCUUGCCCCUUCCCAUGACUUGCAAAAUAGUAAUUUACUCAAUCUGUUUAAUGUAUGCAGGUCACAAAAUCCAGCGUUUCUGCUGCAGAAUCGAGCUGGUUUCAGCACAGAAUGUCCACAUGGUGUGUUAAAGCAUGGAGUAUACGCAGGCCUGCACAGAGGAAGCAACUUCCCACCCUAGGCCUACCUGCCUUCAUUGCUUCUCAUACUGAGAAGCUGGCUUUUCGGCAAAGCUGGUCUCUUUUUGGAAAUGCAACCUGGGGUGUUCUUUGGCAAUUGGAGUCUCAUCUUGAGAACAAUGCUUUUGAAACAGAGAUGUGAUUUUUGUAUUGGCCUCCUUAGCACACAGACUCUUAUCUCAAAAUAUUUCUGGAUGCUACUGUACAGUGCAGGUCUGCCAUUGCCAAACAUUUUUAAAGCACUUACUGUGUUUCUUUUGCUCACUGAUAGUGGAGCUUUUAAGAUAGUCAUCCCAAAUUGACACAUAAGCACUACCUAAAAUUGAAUUGGCAGCCUUGCAUUUGUCCAAUAGGCACCACGGUCAACUGCUGUUCAUUAGAAAAAUGCUCUUACUGGACCUUGAAGAAAGCAGACUAAUCUAGAGAGUCUUUUUCAAGCAGCAGGAAAACAGACUAGUGGUUCUUGUGAUCUGUCAUUGUGAACUUGAUUCUUCAGUUCUGAAUUGUUUGCUGCAAUCUUUAAACUGACAGAUAUAGAUCAUGCUGCUUAUCCAACUAAAUUUAAUCAUGCUUGAACUCAUUGCUUUUCCAUGGGAUUUAAAUUAGUCCUAACUUGUCCCAUUGACACCAAUGGGAUUUAAGUAUAAUUAACAAUGCAAGUUAUGGCCUAUACCUUGUGGACACUGACAUACAAGUAAAUGUGGCCUAGCUAAGUACUUGCUUAGUUCGUUUAAGUUCAAUUUUCCUGUCUGUCCUUGCUCAGCCUUAAUUUCUCUGACAAGAGUUGCUCCAGUGGGUCUCAUGAGGGACAGAAUGCUUUGUUCUUAGUUUACCUUUUAGAAGUACUUUCCAUCAGAGGCCAAAUGGCUCUUAAUGAUCUCAAAGGGUCUGGAGUUCUAACCUUCUCCAGCCACUUCAUGUUAAACACCUGGUCCUGCUGGCCCCCAAGAACAAGGUAGCUCUGUCUGAGACAUUGCAGUGCCUUCUGCCUGUCUGCAUCUUGUUCUUCCUGCCUCAUGCUCCUUAGCCUGGUGUGUGCUACCUCAGCUUAUAGGGAAGGGGAUAUUGCCAGAGAAAGACUGGGGGAAGUGAAGAUAGAAGGAAAUCAUGUAAAGUAGGAGGAAAUCAUUAUUUUUGCCCUGCCCUUUAAAACUGUGAAUGUUAUUUGAUAACCACAAAUGAUGUUUUGAGAAUGUUCAAAGACUGAACCAAUCCCAAGAGCAUUUUUAUAGACCAAUUAAACUGUUUGCAAAAGAG